AUGAACAUCCAAUAUCACGGUGAUCCAUAUUCCAUCAAAACCGCCCAUUUCGCUUUGUCAAGCCCAGCUUCAUUCAGUAAAGUCCUAUGCCAUCAUGGCCACGAGAUUCUGCACAAGAAUUGCGGCUUGUGCGCUUGUAUUCGAUCUCGUGCUGAGCAAAACUUCUGCAUAAUCCUUAUCUGCCGUGUUGCCGGACGCCGCAUCAACUUACGAGCUUUUGCAACCCGCGCAGCCGCAGUCCACAAGCCUAACUACGUCCCUAAGUAUGUAGGUACCUAGGUAAGAUAUCUAAGUGAUGCCGACAAUGUGCUCGACCGUCCAGUCCAACAAUUGAUACAGCCCGCUGUUGGCGGUUCAACGAGCCACUUCAACCUGGCGUUAAGCGGCGUGGGAUCUCAUGGGUGAAACCGUGAUCAUCCGUAAAUAUCUGAAAGAUUGUCAGCAAAAGUCACCCUGAUCUCAGGCCAAUGACCGGCGAGUCCGUGAAGCUACAGGAUAGCGCUGCAACGGUCGUAUUGAAUCUACACAUGCAGGAGCUAAGUUGGGUAGUUUUCCAUCCACAGAGGCCCCUGUCGAGAGACCCUUGGCGACCUGCACUGUAGUCUGUAGCACCUCAUGGAUCAUGUCAUGUCCCGGCAUGUGGGUUUUGAUGCUUGACACGAACGAACGACGCCGGUUCCAAUGUGCUCUAAAAAAAAAACCAACGCCCCCACUGGUGGAUACUUAUCCAUGCUUGAUGGGCGAUUACUGCGCUACAUAAAUUCAGGGACCAGACUAAUAAAAGUUGCUGUCCUCCAUCAUCUACCUGAGUAGUGAUACUCUAUUUCAUGGCAGCUCCCUAGGUUGUUUGUGGAUAACUCACCUAGUCACCGUCCCUCGUUGACCGCUCAAUUGCAUAGCUUAGAGACAUGUGGAUAAGGAGGUUCCCGAUGCUUGGGAAAUGCCAUGUUCAUGAGGCUACUGAGGUCCAGUGUACACUGAUAUUGACAAGAGAGUUAAGACUCGACAAAGACUGCUAACAAAUAUUUAGACAUGGAAUUUUAGAACCUUGGAGCAUCGCUGAAACAUUGAAAGUUACUGGAAACCUACACAUAGUCGAACAAUAUUCUGCAACUGCAUUACUUCCGCCUGCUCAAUUUCGCCCAUCGUCUACAAGAAUUCCAUUUCUGAAGGCUUUCGUGUCUGAAGUGGUGACUAGGAGUUCAAUUGGGCUUGUAGUAUAUCUUACAAAACUUUGUAUAGUCUCUCAAGUAUCGCUUGAGACAACAGAUAAAAUGCUUACCGUCAAUUCCAAACAACGAGGUAUGUCCGAACGGCGGCUGGCGGCAGAUAUGAUCAAGUACAGGAUACCUAUCCCGCAAGAUGCUAUCUGACGAAAAAGAGCUGUUCAGUGAUGUGAGAUUUCCACUGGAGAUGAUGCGUCAUCGUGUUCUAAUUUGACUC